AUGGAUGAAGCAAAAGCCUCUUCUGAAAAUGCUGCCGAGAAUAUUGAGCCGUCCGCAUUACAAUUUUUCAAUUACCAUGAGUUCCUUGUAAAUGAUUAUGUUCCUUUACAGUUAAGUCUUAUCAACAAAGGGGCUUCAAUAGACGUUUGCCAUUUCCCCAAUAAUUAUGUACCAAAAUAUUCGAAAGCAUUUGAGUCUACCAGAAUUGUUCGAAUACCUCGUGUGUUUGAUACUGUGUUCCUUCCAGAUUUGGUUCCUCAAUUUUCAACCAUGAGGCCCGGAAAUGAACCGGCUGCUAUUUCAAAUGGUGACCCUGAAUUUGUCUUUACGGGGAAGUAUGAGGAUAAUUAUUUUGGAAUGACAUCUGUGACGCCGUUGGUUGCUGGGUUGAUCUCGGCAGAUGAGCUUCAUGAAGUGGUAACCAAGAUUAACGAUUUUCUUUAUUCAGCAUUCAAUCCUUUUUCAUUGCCAUCUCUAUUUGACGGUAUUUUAUUUGCACUAACUGGUGGACUAGUCGAGCACAUAUAUUACCCUUAUUCCAAGAGGAAAUUGCUUCAGCUUGAACUGUUUGUAGAAUCCGAGAUCAAUGGUAACCUUUGGAAACAUAAGAAUAUCAAAAUGAUUUCUCCGAGACGUUCAGGGUAUCUUUCGAUUCCUAAGCCAGAAUAUGUUAGGCAGUAA